ACACCCUCCGCUAUCUCCAUUCCCCACUGUGCUCAUACUCAUCUUCUCGGCACGCCUCGGCGGGCCUGUUGGUUCAACAGUAAGUAUCCAAGUUGCUGAGGAGGAAUGGUUGGGGGGAGCAUGGGGACAGGGAUAGAAACUUCCAUGAGGUACAGUGGCCAAUCCAAAACCCUAAGAAUCCAUGCGAAGGAGAAGCUUCCACUGGACUCCAAAACCCUUAUCCAGGCACAUGGAGAAGUAGAAACUGGUGCCGGUCAUCCACGUUUUCUUGCUAUGUCUAUCAGGCGCUUCUUUCCUGAGCAUUCAGCUAGCUUUGGUGUAGGAUUCGAGUUCAACAGUAAAGAUAAGUUUGGCUAUAAUAUUCGAGGAAAGAGAGCUCUAGGACUCACUUCCAAUGGAAUGCUGGUUCUCAAUAUGAAGGGCAGAUGUGACACUGAUAAAAAUUUUAAUCAGAAAAAUGCUAGAGGAGCGGUUGAGUUGGCAUGGAGUAUUCUUGAUUUCCAGAAAGACCAAGAUGUGAGGGUCAAAUUAGGCUAUGACUUACUUGGAAAGGUGCCGUACUUCCAAAUCAGGGAGAAUAACUGGACCCUAAAUGCUGAUAUUAAUUGUAACUGGAACGUAAGAUUUGAUUUGUGAUUUUCAGGAAAAGGAAACUCUCUUUGAAUGCUUCUUAGCAAAGGUACAAUUUAUUUAAAUCCGUCUGUUUUUUUUCUUCCAUUUAUUCUUUCAUUGUACCUGCUUUGUCUCCAAAGUAUUUGGGAACUUAGUUUCA